ACUGGUAGCCUACUAGAGACCGCUUGCUCCUUGCUCAGCUUUUCUUUCCACUUGGUGAGAAAAAAUUGAAGUGCAAUCAUGGGGGAUUCAGAUAUGGACUGUUUUGGUUCGGCGGCUGUCUAUCUCCGGAAGACAGAGAAGGAGCGUAUUGAGGCCCAAAACGCACCAUUUGAUGCCAAAUCGGCCUACUUUGUGAUUGACAAAGAGGAAGAUUAUGUCAAAGGAACGCUGGAGAGUAAAGAAGGUGGCAAAGCCACAAUUAAGACUCAUGCUGGGAAAACUGUAACUGUGAAAGACACGGAGAUCUUCGCCAUGAAUCCUCCCAAGUAUGACAAAAUUGAGGACAUGGCCAUGAUGACCCACCUCCACGAGCCCGCUGUGCUCUAUAACCUCAAGGAGCGUUACGCAGCGUGGAUGAUCUACACCUACUCUGGGCUGUUCUGCGUCACUGUGAACCCCUACAAGUGGCUCCCAGUGUACGAUGAUAUAGUUGUGAAUGGGUACAGAGGCAAGAAGAGAAUUGAAGCUCCACCCCACAUCUUCUCCAUCUCUGAUAACGCCUAUCAGUUCAUGCUCCAAGAUCGUGAAAACCAGUCUGUUCUUAUUACUGGAGAAUCUGGUGCAGGGAAGACUGUUAACACCAAGCGUGUCAUCCAGUACUUUGCCACAGUGGCAGUAUCUGGGCAGAAGAAGGCAGAACCAGUAGCCGCCAGCAAAAUCAAGGGGUCACUGGAGGAUCAGAUCAUUGCAGCCAACCCUCUGCUGGAGGCCUAUGGUAAUGCCAAGACUGUGAGGAAUGACAACUCCUCUCGUUUUGGUAAAUUCAUCAGAAUCCAUUUUGGCUCAACUGGCAAACUGGCCUCUGCUGAUAUUGAGACUUAUCUUUUGGAGAAGUCAAGAGUGACAUUCCAGCUGUCUGCUGAGAGGAGCUACCACAUCUUCUACCAGCUAAUGACUGGACAUAAGCCUGAGCUGAUUGAGGGACUUCUCAUCUCCCUCAACCCAUAUGAUUUCCCUAUGGUCAGCCAAGGUGAAAUCACAGUCAAGAGCAUUGAUGAUGUGGAGGAGUUCAUUGCUACAGAUGAAGCCAUUGACAUUUUGGGUUUCAACGCUGAGGAGAAAUUUGGCAUCUUUAAGCUCACUGGUGCUGUCAUGCAUCAUGGAAACCUGAAGUUCAAGCAGAAGCAGAGAGAGGAGCAGGCUGAGCCUGACGGCACUGAGGUGGCUGACAAAAUCGCCUUCCUCUUGGGCCUGAACUCUGCGGAGAUGCUGAAGAAUCUGUGCUACCCCAGAGUGAAGGUCGGAAAUGAGUAUGUGACCAAAGGCCAGACUGUACCACAGGUCUAUAAUGCUGUAAGCGCUCUUUGUAAGUCAAUUUAUGAGAAGAUGUUCUUGUGGAUGGUCAUCCGUAUCAAUGAGAUGCUGGACACCAAGCAGCCAAGACAGUUCUUCAUUGGUGUGCUGGACAUUGCUGGAUUUGAGAUCUUUGAUUAUAACAGUUUGGAACAGCUGUGCAUCAACUUCACCAAUGAGAAACUGCAACAAUUCUUCAAUCACUUCAUGUUCGUUCUGGAGCAAGAGGAAUACAAGAAAGAGGGAAUUGACUGGGAAUUCAUUGACUUUGGUAUGGAUCUGGCUGCCUGCAUUGAGCUUAUUGAGAAGCCCAUGGGCAUCUUCUCCAUUCUUGAAGAGGAGUGCAUGUUCCCCAAGUCCUCAGACACUACCUUCAAGAACAAGCUGUAUGACCAACAUCUCGGUAAAACCAAGUGCUUUGAGAAACCCAAACCAGUAAAGGGCAAAGCAGAGGCCCACUUCACCCUUGGGCAUUAUGCUGGCAAGGUUGACUACAACAUCACUGGCUGGCUGGAAAAGAACAAGGACCCACUGAACGACUCUGUUGUGCAGCUCUACAUGAAGUCCGCCGUGAAACUGCUGGCCCUCUUGUACGCAGCUCCUACUGCUGCUGAAGCUGAAGCUGCAAAGGGCAAGGGUAAGGCCAAGGGCAAGAAGAAGGGUGGUUCCUUCCAGACAGUGUCUGCCCUGUUUAGGGAGAAUUUGCACAAGCUGAUGACCAACUUGAGAUGCACCCAUCCUCACUUUGUGCGCUGCUUGAUUCCCAAUGAGUCAAAGACACCUGGUCUGAUGGAGAACUUCCUGGUCCUUCACCAGUUGAGGUGUAAUGGUGUGCUGGAGGGCAUCAGAAUCUGCAGGAAGGGCUUCCCAAGCAGAAUCCUUUAUGCUGACUUCAAGCAGAGAUACAAGGUGCUGAAUGCCAGUGUUAUCCCAGAGGGUCAGUUCAUGGACAACAAAACAGCUUCAGAGAAACUCUUGGGCUCCAUUGAUGUGGACCACACAGAGUACAAGUUUGGCCACACUAAGGUGUUCUUCAAAGCUGGUCUGCUGGGUGUCCUUGAGGAGAUGCGAGAUGAGAAACUGGCUAGUCUUGUCACAAUGACUCAGGCCCUCUGCCGUGCCUUCUUGAUGAGGAAGGAGUUUGUCAAGAUGAUGGAAAGGAGAGAAGCCAUCUACACCAUCCAGUACAAUAUCCGCUCCUUCGUGAAUGUAAAACACUGGCCAUGGAUGAACGUGUAUUUCAAGGUCAAGCCUCUUCUGAAGAGUGCUGAAACUGAGAAAGAACUUACCGAGAUGAAAGAAAACUAUGACAAAAUGAAGUCAGACCUGGAGACUGCCCAGGCCAAGAAGAAAGAGCUGGAGCAGAAGAUGGUGUCUUUGAUACAAGAGAAAAAGGACCUAGAGAUGGCCAUGGCUUCUGAAUCUGAGGGCCUCUCAGAUGCUGAGGAGAGAUGUGAGGGUCUCAUUAAGAGCAAAAUCCUGAUGGAGACCAAACUCAAAGAGACGGCCGAGAGGCUGGAGGAGGAGGAGACCACCAAUGGAGAGUUAGCUGCCAGGAAAAGAAAACUGGAGGAUGAGUGCACUGAGCUAAAGAAGGACAUCAGUGACUUUGAGCUCAAAAUGGCUGCAUUGGAGAAGGAGAAACGUGGUGUAGAAAAUAAGGUCAAAAACAUGAAAGAGGAGAUGACCGCUCUGGAAGAGGCCAACGCCAAGUUGAUAAAGGAGAACAAAGCCAUGGAAGAUUCACAUCAGGAUAUUAUGGACGAUCUCCAAACAGAGGAGGCUAAGGUCAACAAUCUGACCAAAGCAAAGACCAAACUUGAAGAACAAGUGGAUGAUCUGGAGGGAUCACUGGAGCAAGAGAAGAAGCUCCGCAUGGAUGUUGAAAGAAUGAAGAGGAAAUUUGAGGGUGACCUGAAAUUGGCUCAGGAAUCCUUAAUGGAUCUGGAUAAUGACAAGCAUCAAGGCGAUGAGAAAUUGAAGAAGAAAGAUAUUGAAAUAUGCCUACUCCUGAGCAAGGUUGAAGAUGAGCUGGCAAUUGGAGCUCAGCUUCAGAAGAAGAUGAAAGAACUUGUGACUCGUAUUGAGGAACUGGAAGAGGAGAUUGAAGCUGAGCGUGCUGCUCGGGCUAAGAGUGAGAAGCAGAGAUCUGAUCUUGCCAGGGAACUUGAGGAGAUCAGUGAGAGGCUUGAGGAAGCUGGUGGGGCCACUGCUGCUCAGAUUGAGAUGAACAAGAAGCGUGAUGCAGAGUUGCAGAAGCUGCGUCAUGAUCUUGAGGAGUCCACCCUGCAGCAGGAAUCUACUACUGCCGCUCUCCGCAAGAAGCAGGCCGACACUGUAGCUGAACUAAGCGAGCAGAUCGACAAUCUUCUGCGUAUCAAGCAGAAGCUGGAGAAGGAGAAGGCUGAAUACAAAAUGGAGAUUGAUGACCUCUCCAGCAAUAUGGAGUCUGUUUCAAAGUCAAAGGGCAAUCUGGAGAAGUUGUGUCGGACCCUUGAGGAACAAAUGGCUGAGUUCAAAGACAAGAACGAGGAAAAUGUUCGUAAGCUGACUGAGUUCGCCGCACAUCAAGCAAGGCUUCAAACUGAUCAUGGUGAGAUGGGUCGCACACUUGAGGAAAAAGAGGCUGUUUACGCUCAACUGACCAGAACCAAGCAAGCGCAGGCCCAGCAAAUUGAGGAGCUGAAGAGGCUACUGGAUGAUGAAGUGAAGGCCAAGAAUGCCUUGGGUCAUGGAUUACAGACAACCCGCCAUGACCGUGACACGCUCAGAGAGCAGUUUGAGGAGGAGCAGGAGAUCAAAACUGAGCUGCAGCGUGGAAUGUCCAAGGCCAACAGUGAGGUGGCUCAGUGGAGAGCCAAAUAUGAAACUGAUGCCGUCCAACGCGUAGAGGAGCUAGAAGAGGCCAAGAAAAAGAUUGCCCAGCAGCUACAGCAAGCUGAAGAGACCAUUGAGGCUUUGAACACCAAGUGUGAUUCUCAGGAGAAGACCAGACAGAGACUCCAAGGUCAGGUGGAUGACCUCAUGCUUGAUGUGGAAAAGGCAAAUGCUGUGGCUACCAACCUUGAUAAGAAACAGAAGAACUUUGAAAAAAUUCUGACAGAAUGGAAGCAGAAGUAUGACGAGAGUCAGGGUGAGCUGGACAACGCUCAGCAGGGGGCUCGCUCUCUCAACACUGAGCUCUUCAAGAUGAAGAACCUCUAUGAAGAGACUCUGGAUCAGCUGGAGGUUAUGAAGAGGGAGAACAAGAACCUGCAGCAGGAGAUCUCUGACCUGACUGAGCAGCUUGGUGAGACUGGCAAGAGCAUUCAUGAGCUGGAGAAGACUAAGAAGACAGUGGAGACCGAGAAAGCAGAAAUCCAGACAGCACUGGAGGAGGCAGAGGGUACACUUGAGCAUGAGGAGUCCAAGAUUCUUCGUGCCCAGAUGGAGCUUAACCAGGUCAAGACUGAGAUGGAGAGGAGGCUCACAGAGAAGAAUGAGGAGGUAGAGCAAAUCAAGAGGAACAACCAGAGGGUGAUUGACUCCAUGCAGACCACUCUAGACUCUGAGGUCAGGAGCAGGAAUGAUGCUCUGAGAAUCAAGAAGAAGAUGGAGGGAGACCUCAAUGAGAUGGAGAUUCAGCUCGGCCAUGCCAAUCGCCAGGCUGCUGAAGCUCAGAAACAGUACAGGACAGUCCAGGGACAGCUCAAGGAUGCCCAACUGCACCUUGAAGAUGCUCUCAGAGUACAGGAAGACAUGAAGGAGCAGGUUGCCAUGGUGGAGCGCAGGAAUGGCAUAAUGCAGGCUGAGGUAGAGGAGCUCAGAGGUGCUCUGGAGCAGACAGAGAGAGGCCGCAAACUGGCCGAGCAGGAGCUGGCGGAUGCCAGUGAGCGUGCUGGACUGCUGCACUCCCAGAACACCAGCCUGACCAACAGCAAGAAGAAGCUGGAGGCUGAACUUGUUCUAGUCCAGGGAGAGGUGGAUGAGGUCAUUCAAGAGGCCAGAAAGGCACAGGAGAAGGCCAAGAAAUCAGGCACUGAUAAUGCCACAUUGUCUGAAGAACUGAAGAAGGAGCAGGACACCAACGCUCACCUGGAGAGGUUGAAGAAGAGCCUGGAGACCACUGUGAAGGACCUCCAGCACAAACUGGAUGAGACUGAGAAUCUGGCCAUGAAGGGUAGCAAGAAACAAGUCCAGAAACUGGAAUCAAGGAUCCGUGAGCUGGAAAGUGAAGUUGAGUCUGAACAGAAGCGCGGAGCUGAUGCUGUGAAAGGAGUCCGUAAAUAUGAGAGGAGAGUCAAGGAGCUCACUGAACAGACUGAGGAAGACAAGAAAAAUACCGCCAGACUGCAGGAUAUGCUGGACAAAAUGCAGGCGAAAAUGAAGGUCUACAAGAAGCAGAUUGAGGAUAAUGAUGAGCUGAACAACACCAACUUGUCCAAGUUCAGGAAGGUGCAACAUGAGCUUGAGGAGGCUCAGGAACGUGCUGACCUUGCUGAGGCCCAGAUCAACAAGCUGAAGGCCAAGACCCGUGAUGCUGCCAAGGGAGAUGAUGAAUGAACAGUUACCUCCCAACAUCAGAAUUCCUAUGUGUAGAAUUCUGUUGGAUUCGAGAUGUCUUGAACAGAUGACUAUGCUCAUGGCAACACUCUUCCAUUGACUUGCAUUGUAUCUGUGUAGUGCCACACAAGGUACAAAGUGGUACUGCAAGAGAGAUGUCCCAGCACUGGCUGGUUUGCAAAAUAACUUCACUGGUUAUCUGGGCAACACAGAGCAUAGGCGUUUUUGACAUUCAGAAUAACCACUAAAAUGGUUGUUUCUCCACAUCCUGUUGCUAUAUCUAGGUAAUUCCUGAGUGUUUUCACCUAAAACUACACAUAGCUACACUUUAAACCCUUUGAGGCCUGGUCUAUUUUCAGUGUAAUUUUAUGACCUUUACUUUUAAGCUCUUGUCCUGGUCAUUGUAAAGGCCAUCUAUACAUGCUGUAUCUUGUUUUUUUUUCUCAUUUUUUUUUUCAGGACAGCCUAGGCUACCCUUAUCUGGGAAAGUAUAUGAUCUGAUUAUACUAGCAUAUUUCUUGUCAGCUGUUUCAAAAAUCAAAAUCCAAAAUCAUUUGUGUCUCAUGAAUUAUUUCAUGGUUUUGCAUUCAUGUCACCAGGAAGCAUGAUAGUAAAAAAUAUUUUUCAUUUUGACGUACGUAGAAGGGAUUGUCUUGAAUCUUUCAAUUAUAAGACUCACAAUGAUGGGGAUAUUCUGUGGCUUAGCAAUUAACAAAAAUGUAUGCACUGACAUUAAUAUUUUGCUCCUUAUAUAUUGUUUUAUUGACAUCUUGUUAUUGAACCAUUUGAUGACGAAUGUGCCUUAUACUCCUCUGCAUUUAUGACCUGAAGUAAUCUGUGCUUGCAUACAGUAUGUAUAUGUCAUUAGACCAAGGCACAGUUGAUUUGUGCAUUCUAUGACCAACUUUUGAUUCUUUGACAUGGAAGGCAAAUUCACUACUAUGGAAUAUAACAUUAGAAUUUCAGCCCAAAGUGGGAGACCAUGUAGAAAUUUGCUACCAUUUCAAAACCGGAUUAUUGUGGAAUGGCUCAUUGUACAGAGGAAUCCUUUCAUCUUUGUGUUCGGUAAGGUCUGCUGUUUGUUUUGAUAUAGGCUUUCAGUUUGUCAUGUGUUUAAUGAGAAGUUCCUGAGAUAUUCCACCAAGACGAAUGGGUGUGGAAAUGAAUGCAGAGCUGUAUAAAGAAUGUAAAUAUGAUUAAAUGUCAAGUAAAUGUAUAA